AUGCUUAAGAUAAUAGUUAACCGUAGAUUAGCCUAUAGCCAAGUUGGCUGGCUGCUCUCGCCCGCGCGGCGUCGUGCAUCCAGCUACAUUACACUCCCCGAUGCUAACCUCCGUGGCAAGUGGAUCGUUAUCACAGGUGGGAACAAUGGCAUUGGCAGGGAAGCCGUCCUACGGUUCGCAUCGUGUGGAGCAAGUAUCGUUCUUGGAUGUCGCCAGCCUCCUCCCCACGAGAAGCACCCAGACGUCACAGUGGCAGACUGCAUAGCCGCAGCCCGGUCAGCGGGCCAUGAAUCGUCGAAAAUCGAAUGGUGGCCCUGUGAUAUGGCUGAUUUGUCUACUGUCGAGGCAUUUGCAAAACGCUGGCUGUCUACUGGUCAUGUUCUCGAUAUUCUUGCUAACAAUGCUGGCAUGGGUAAAACAGCGAGUGGCAAACUCACCAAAACUAAAGAUGGAUUCGAGCUUGUCCACCAGGUCAACUUCCUCGCACACGUCUACCUUACCAUGCACAUCCUCCCAUCACUUGCCCGCGCCGAAGAUCCCCGCAUUGUGUGCACAACUUCCUGCAUGCAAUAUUACGGGACCUUUAACUUCUCGAACGCAAACACUACCGCAGACCCGCGCUCCUACUCCCACAGCAAGCUCUACUUUCAGACCUGGCUCACAGAGCUGCAAUCCCAACUCUCCUCCACUCCCACCCUUUGCCACGUCGCCAUCAACGGCAUCCACCCAGGAUACGUGAACACAGGGAUCUGGACACCUCUCCAGGGUGGCACGGAGGUGAAGCCUUUGAAAUUUCUGGAUAGGCUGUUAAAUAGGGUUGUUAGUGUCUUCGGCGUCGAUGCGGAACAGGGCGGUCUCGCGAUUGUGAGGGCGGCAACGGCGAAGGCGUGCGCCACUGUGAAGAGGGGAGGGGAGGGCGGUGGGAGGUAUUUUAAUAGGAUCUGGCCUGCAGAGCCGAUGCCUCAGACAACCUCUCCGGUGUGUAGGCAACUAAUUUGGGAUUUUGUGGAUGGAGAGCUACACUUGAAGGAAAAGGGAUUGUUAGAUAUAUUCAAUAUCGAAUGAGGUACUGGUUAAGUCCUUCUAAUUGUGUAUGGACAGAGG